GCCACGGCCGGUCCCGCCCCCUCGCCGGCCUGACCGGGGCUCCCCGCGGCGCCGGGCGCAUCCUUCAAAGGCUCCUGCCGUGGCGGCAUAGCCGGGCCUUUCUGUUUGCCUGGUGCGGCUUGUCCGCCGCGCUCCGAGCCCCGUUCGGGGGCCGGUAUGACCGGGCACCCGCCGAGCUCUACGCGUGUCUUCCCCCAGCCCAUUGCGUGGAGCCGGCGCGGCCAGAAGGGGGAACCACGGGGCAGGAGGCGGUGUGGGCAGCGCCGGGGCGCUGCUCCGUGCUGCUCGGUGCCGGGAACCGAGACCGGGACUGCCCUGGGGUCGGGAGCUGGUGCGUUUCUCCAUGGCCUGCUCGGGGACAGAAGAGCCCGUAGCCGGCCAGUUCUGCUGGAGCCCGGCACCGGCACACUCCCGAGCCGCUGACGGCGCUGCGCUUUGCCUUGCCUCGCAGAGAGAACGAGGGGCGGGCGGGUCCGCCGCAGCUGGGCUCUGGGAUGGCGGCCCGGGAGCGAACGGAGAGGCGAAAGCACUAACGCCGGACUGGCUGCCCCAGGAGGGGCGUACCGCUGCACCGCGGUGCGCAUCCCGCUGGGGUCGGGGACGGAUGCCCGAGCUGUCGGCAGGGUGCCGCUCGCAUCCACUCGGAGCGGGAGCUUGUGCGGGGCGGGCACCGGGCGACUGAGUCCACCGCCCCCGGCCCGGCCCAGCCCAGCCCGCCGCCCCUCGGCCCCGCCCCGGGUCGGGCUCCGCGCCGCGCCGUGGGGCUGGCGAGUAGAGUCGAGGAGAGCCGAAUCGAGAGGAGUUUUCUCACCGCCGGGCGAGCAGCGAGCCGGAUACGGCUCCGGGACACGGACCAGCAGGUGAAGGAGACCCUCAGGCUGGCACCAUGACAGAGUGCUUCGACUGCGACAACUGCAAGGAGUCCUUGUAUGGGCGCAAGUACAUCCAGAUGGACAAUGGCCCCUACUGCAUCCCCUGCUACGACGCCCACUUUGCCAACACCUGUGACGAGUGCAAAGAGCUGAUCGGCCACGACUGCAGGGAGCUGUACUACGAGGACCGCCACUACCACGAGCACUGCUUCCGCUGCUUCCGCUGCGACCGCUCUCUGGCCGAUGAGCCCUUCACCUGCCAGGGCCAGGAGCUGCUGUGCAACGACUGCUACUGCAGCGAGUUCUCCUCCAAAUGCGUUGCCUGCGAGAAGACAGUCAUGCCAGGGUCCCGUAAGCUGGAGUACAAUGGGCAGACCUGGCAUGAGCACUGCUUCAUCUGCAGCAGCUGCCAGCAGCCCAUCGGGUCGAGGUCCUUCAUCCCAGACAAGAAGGAUUAUUACUGUGUCCCCUGCUACGAGAGCAAGUUUGCUCCGCGCUGCACUCGCUGCAAAAAGACCCUGACCAAGGGAGGAGUGACUUACCGGGACGAGCCCUGGCACAAGGAGUGUUUCGUCUGCACAGGCUGCAAGACCCCCCUGGCUGGCCAGCAGUUCACCUCCCAGGAUGACAACCCGUACUGUGUCAAGUGCUUUGGGAACCUCUAUGCCAAGAAGUGCAGCGCUUGCACAAAGCCCAUCACAGGCUUUGGGGGUGGUAAAUACGUCUCCUUUGAGGACCGUCACUGGCACCAUAACUGCUUUAACUGUGCCCGCUGCAACACCUCGCUGGUGGGGAAAGGCUUCAUCCCUGACAACGAGGAGAUCCUGUGCCGCGACUGCAGCAGCGACCUAUGAGCCUCCGCGGGCACCGUGGGGCAGGGCCUUUCUCUGUUCUUCAGCUCUUUGUGCCAGACACCCGACAACACUUCCAGGGGCAGGGCACAAGGCACAGGAGAUGGGGGCUGACCCUGACCCGCAGUGUCGGGGGUGCCUGUGUCGCUUCCUGAAGGCUAGAGUAUGCUACGCUGCGGCUCCGCGCGGAGUCACAGCUCAAUAAAGUUGAAAAAGGAGCUUCAAGACACCCACCCCCCACCCCCCCAUUAUUUACUCUUUCCUUUUGCUUCCUGCCUGCCACGGCACGAGCUGAGUGCAGGGCCCCAGCUGGACAAAGGGCAGCAGCAGCUUCCGCGCUGGUUGGCGGCUGGAUCUGCACGCUGGCAGCAGGUCCCUGCUCUGCAGCACGGUGCUGACUUCUUGCCCCCCGUGUGCUUCUCUUGCUCUGUGUGAUAGAAGGCAGCAGCUCCUGGUUGUGUGGCUUGGCUGUGCUGGCCUGCGGAGCAGAUGGCUUUGCAGAGCGCAGCCUUCCUGUGUUUGUGGUCGGCCUGUGGUAAGCUGGGCAUGAAGGGCACUGCCUGCCCUGGUUGGGGAGUCUGGGAACAGCAGGCUGGAGCGUGGCCAGGAGCAGAGCGUGUGUCCUGCCAGGUGGGAUCUAUCUCCAGGUUUCUGUUGCCACCUCACCGUUUGCAGGCCAGGCCCUUUGCAUGUCUCUCUGGAUAAGGAGCUCAGUUUGCACACAGGUGGCUGUUAGCCUGCUGAUGGUCCCCCCUGAAAUGUGCCUGGCGAAGCCCCAGAGAGGAGCACGCUGAAGGCUGAGACUACCAAGGCCUUUACUCCAUCUCAUGAGGGGCUGCCCCCCAAGCCCUGCCACCAGCGGCACCAGUAACUCACCAGACCUUCCCUUAACUCAGGGAGGGCAGUUUGUCCUGUGGGCUGUGGGACAGGAAGGUCAGCAGUGUACAGGGCUCCAGCAAAAAGAUCAGCUGAGAGGGGGCAGUUGGGAUGUCCAUGGCUUGCUCCUGCCCAGGCUGAGCGUACCUGCUGCCAGCAGCUGCCUCCAGCCACACUCAUCCCUCACUGUGUCCCAAAUGAGAAACAAAACAAAAGUGGCACUCGGGCUGCCCUGAGGAGGGGCUUUGCAUCUCCCAAGUCCCUGCGUUGCUCCUAAUGUUGCAAAAUAAGACAUCUUGAGCCACCCCAGGCUCACACAAAGGCUUGAGACAUCCUUUGCCUGAUGCUGAGCUGCCCCUGGGUCCCCUGAGGCCCCUCUGCAGUGGGGUGCUCAUGCCUGCCUUGUUUGUCUCUACAUCUUUUUGCUUGUCUUGCUGGGGCACCUGUGGCGACCCUGCUUUCCUGCUCAGACACCCACGUGCUUUCUGAAAGCAUUUUGUGUUUCUUUUGUACUCUUUUGUCAUGAAAUCUGUCAUUUUGUAACCAACUGCAGGAUGAUGAAGGGGCUCCCCCUCUUAACCCCUACCCACCCCCCAGCUUUAUUUAGGAACGGAAAAUGUUAUGCAUGUUGAAGUGUUACUGACUGUGUAUACAGAUGAACCCUCAUUUGAAAGCUUUGAUGCAGGCAAAUCAGAGUUUGUGUGUUUGCUGUUCUGAGGAGCUUGGACCAGUCUAUAGAAGGAAGUGUCCUAAACCUCAGUCCCCUCUGUAUUUCCCACGGUUUUAUAUAAUAAACCGUUUCAGUGACA